CCCUCCCUCAAGUGCUUCUCGACCUUGUCCUUUUCCUGACAUUCGCCUCAAAAAAUCGUCUCGAUUUCUUUGCGCCGGGUGUCACAUCUACAUCGACCCCUUUUCUUCGCUGCUUUUAGUCAUCGAAAGAAUUCUAUCUUCAUCUUCACUUAUUACCCAAGAUCCUCCAUCUUGGUGUGUAGCCUUUUUUUAUAUACAUAAGAUAGUAUUUCCCUUCCUGACGAAUUUCCACAUAACGUGAGUCUGAUCCAUUCUGGCGACCCGCCUAUUCGAGAGGGCGUAAAUCCGCGCGCUUCCACGGCGACCGGCGACAUCGCAUCGCAUCGCAUCUCCGCGCGACUCCAUGGCAAACAACUGCUAACCCGGCGACCAGCCCCAGUUCUUCUGCAUCCUUUUAAUUCUGGUCUCAUUUGGCACUGAUCGCCUGUCGCGAAUUCAAAUCCCAUACGAGCCUCUCGCGCAAAGCGUUGACUCGGUCGCGUCUUAGAAAAUACUCAAAAUGGCUACCCCGAGACAUCUUCCCAACAAACAUAACCCUUUGAUGACGGAUGAUAUCCCUCCUUAUCAUGAGCUGGUUUCGCGCCGACGUCUGGGUCAGACCCAAUUGACCGCGAAGAUGGUUGCUGCGGGCACCGCAGGGGAUAUCGAUCCUUCGAGCCUGGGCGUUUUCGACUAUGCGCACUUGCGAGCUCCUUUGCCCAAGGGCAUCACUUCGGGCAUCUUCAAGUCUUCUCCAAACUCGUACUUCCUUAUGCGUCGCAGCCAGGAUGGAUACGUAUCUGCGACCGGAAUGUUCAAGGCGACUUUCCCUUAUGCCGAGGCGGUCGAAGAGGAGAUGGAACGCAAAUUCAUCAAGUCGUUACCUACAACAAGCCACGAGGAGACUGCUGGAAACGUCUGGAUCCCGCCUGAGCAAGCUUUGGCCCUCGCCGAAGAGUAUCGGAUUACUCCUUGGAUUUCCGCUCUUCUAGACCCGGCCGACAUCGCCAUCACGAACGCACCAGAUAGCCCUCCUAAGAGAAUUACGGCACCGCCUAAGUUCGAGGCUCCCCUACCUACGCAGCCACUUCUUGCACCGCCGACCCCAUCAUCACUUCCCCGCAGCACGCGAGGCCGCCGCUCAGCUAGUCCCUCGAAGAAGCGAGCUAUCGCGUCUCCGCGGAAGCGAACCGCCAAAGCCGCAGCGCGUCAGCCUUCCCCCGCAGAGAUCCCUCCCGUAAAGGAAGAAGUCGAGCCCGCUACGAACGGUACUAAGACAGAUGAAGAUACCGCGUCUACCGCCGCCACUGAAGAGGUCGCUAUCAAAACCAUUGAAAGGGAACCUCCUGUUGUCUUCGCGCCGACUGAGGAGGAUCCUAAAGUGCAAAUCAAGGUUGGUCAAGAAGUCGAGUUCCACGGUGAUACCGAGACGACACAAACUGCUGUCGAAUUGGAGCUUCCUGUUAGCGGCGAACCCAGCCCCGAGGAGGCUGCUCGGAUGAUCGAAGAGGCGAAGGAAAUGGUGAGAAUUGCCGCUGCUGAAACCGCGGCGUCGUCUGGCUCAAGCAGUAAGGGCAAGCGGAAGGCCGACGAUAUUGCUGCUGAUGAAGAGGAAGAGGAGGCGGAAGCUCCGGUCGAAGGUUCGGAGGAACCCCGAUCUAAGAAGGCCAAGACUGAAAAGACGGAGGUACAGCUGAGAAAGGAGCGUGUCAGAAACCGGGCGUUGGUUGGUCUGAGUGCAACCCUCGCGGUUGGUGCUUUAAUUCCGUACGUUAUGGGCGUAUUUUAGACCAUUACAACGUCUCUUUCUUCCUUGUGUUUUUGAUUGUUUAGCCAAGUAGUCUCCAUCCCAUCCCGUCAUCACUCCGUUCCCUCCGUCAUAAUAAACCCAGACAGUUUCGCAGGGGUUUGGAUCAGGUGGAGAGGCCAGGUCACUCGUCUGUUAUAUUUGCACAUACCCCCAGUUGCUCAGAACCAGCUGUUCUGAUUUCGCGAAGCUAUAUGGAAUAGCUCAUGUAUACAUCUACCCCCCUUGCGGUGGGCCCCUCUGAGAAGAAAGGGUUCGCCGUACUCUACAGAUUCCGAUAAACCCAUAAUGAAAAGAGAAUAUUCACUCGUUAA